AGAGGGUUUAUCUGGGUUUUAUUAGGCGAGUCACAUGAAAUUGCGCAAAAUAGCUAACGCGUGGAUGCUAAUGUUAGCAUGCUAGCGUUAGCUUAGCAUGCUAACGUUUUGAAUGGCCCCUGUUAGCAUGACCAGGAAGUCCAAAAAAACGGUAAUUUCUUCGACUUUACGUUAGAUUUUUAUGUUUUAAGUGAACUCUAUUUGAAGCGGUACCGUUUUUAGACUAAAUGUAAACGUUAAAAAGCACUAAGGUAAUGAUCUUUUACUGUUUGGCUCUGGUUUGUCCUUCGCCUUCAGUCUCCAUUACCAACGGUCUAUUUCCUCAUGAUGACGUCAUGUAUUCACCAUUCGCGCUCUCUCACCAUGGCAACAUGUUGCAUGUUUAGGUAUUACAGUUGUCUAGAAUAAAGAUUACAGAUGUAACUUAAACUUUAACCCAAUAAUAGAUAAAACUCAGAACAAGAUGAAUCUUUGGUUACAGAGGGACCGGUGAAAGGAAGAGUUUUGCUAACCAAGGCAGAGGAGAAAUACACUGGAGCAACAAUGGUGAAGAUUUUCAUUGGGAACCUGUCUCAGAACUCUGAGAAGGAUGACGUCGAGGCUCUGUUCACCCCGUAUGGCACCGUGACAGAAUGCGCCAAGUACAAAAACUACGCGUUCGUCCACAUGGACGACCGCAAGUCAGCCACCAAAGCCAUCCGUGAGCUCCAUCUCUACAAGCUGGACGGCAGACCCAUCAACGUGGAGCCCAGCAGAGGGAAGAACCAGGGCCCCGUGAAGCUCCACAUAGCCAACGUAGAAAAGGGCUUCGACGAUGAGCUGCGUGAGCUGUUUGAAGAGUACGGUACGGUCAGGGAGUGCGCCAUUGUCAAGAACUUUGCCUUUGUACACAUGGACAAUUCUGAUGAGGCCAUGGAUGCCAUGAAGGGACUGGAUAACACAGACUUUCAAGGAAAGCGCAUACAUGUUCAGAUAUCAAAAAGGAGACCCAGAGAGGAGGAGGAGGACUAUCCACCUCCGCCAGGCAGAGGAGGCUAUUAUCCUCCUCGCUACCCAAUGGAGCGGCACGAGCCUCCCUACAGGGAGCGCAUGUCCGCUUACGGUCCUCCGCCUCCACCACCCCCUCCGCCGAGACGAGCACCCUAUCCCGACCGUGGCUAUGGCGAGCAAGACGCCUAUGGGAUGGUCGAUUACUAUGAGAAAUACAGAGCCCGCCCUUAUGCCACGGCAGGCUACGACGACAGGCGUGGCGGCAACCCCCCUCCUCCGCCGCCUCCCUCGGCGAUGGUUAGAGAGCGUCUCGGAAUGGGUGCCCCUGACCCAUACGAUCGCCGUCAGCUCCCCCCUCCUCCACCGCCCUCCUAUGCAUCCAGGGACCGAAGCCCCAUCAGACGAGCUCCCCCUCCGCCAUCUGGUAAUGGGUACUCCUAUGAGCGGUCCCGGAUCCCCCCGCAGGCCAGGCCUCCGAUGUAUGCACCGCCGAUGUAUGCAGCUCCUCGCCCAAGGGACCCCUACGCUGAGAGAGCGCCGCCGCCACCACCACCACCUCGAUAUGCAGGCUAUUAGGCACACUCGAGUGUAAUCCAAGGUUUAGAAUAUGACAAGAUCGUCGUCGUCUGCUGAUGUACGUGGCGCUUUACAUCCCCCCUCGUCUUUGGCGGAUUGCGUUGCGUUCGCCUGAGACUUGUUGGAAGACAUGUAUUGCAGACAGCCCCAUACUUUUAAAAACAUAUGAUUCCAUGUCCACAGUUCACGUAUUCUUAUGAGCUGUUUUUGCAUUUUUUUCUGUUCCUCUGCUUGUUUCACUGUUCAAAUCCUUCAAAUGUUUUGCAGAAUAGGAUGCUGGCUUAAGUGCUCAGUGUAUUUCAGUGUGACACAGUACUGUUUUAACGGCCAGAAUCCCUCUGCUCUUCAGUCUUUCUAAAUGGAUAUGGCCUCAGUUCAUAACAAGGGAAGUUAAUUAAAUGAAAAAGUAUAUAGUCUUUGUAAACAAAAUUAUUGUGCUCAGAUCAAGGUUGGCGGUUGAUCACAAACUCAAAAUAAGUUAUAAAAUACUCAGCGUAGAGGUGCUUUAUUACAAUACAUGGUGUGGCAGGUUGUAUAGUAUAUAGCUCUAAGAUUUGCGACACAUGUUAGCAUGACAAAUCAAAAGUUCCAGUGUGGUUUUGUUCUUUUUACACUUUGUGUUACCUUUUCUUGCGAAAAAUAGAAUCUCUAGCACCAUUAUGUAUGAUUUUAUUUACUUUACAAGUUGCUUUUCAUUUGAAGGCUUUUUAAUAAACGAAUCAAACCAAAAA